AUGCACCACAACUCUGGCCCGACCACGCAUCCUUCUUCUCCUCCUCCUAAACAACCUACUGCGAACAAUGGAGCGACCACAGCCGAAAAUAAGCCUCUAGACGCAUACAAACCAUUGACCUGUUUCCAGCGAGUGGGAUUGUGGGACCCGUCAUACGGUUUACGCUUUGCGACCACAUCACAAGCAGAGACACGGCAGUCCACUCCCAUUCCUCCAAGCACGAAACCACUACCCCAAACCUCAACCAGAUCACCAGAGUCGCCCAGUACCAAAGACGAUUCGACACACAGUGGCAGUGACUUGGGGCAAGAUACGCAGUCUAGUGCAGAAGAUGGCGCCUGUCCAGCGGGAAGCCAGUCGUCAUAUUGUGUUGAGUCUACAGAAGAGCCAGAUUCCACAGACACGUACGAAGUUUCUUCGCAAGAAGAAUCGGAGCCCGAUGUCAGCGAAGAAGAGGAGUCAGAUGCCAAUGAGGAUCUUGCCUACCAGAUCCCAGAAGAAACGCUACGCGCCGCAAUGCUCGUUUCUCCCAAAACACGUGCAAGUUACUGGAGCGCGAAGCUGUACCAAAGCCCGGACGGCGAGUCGCUUUCAAUUCAUUAUUGUAAAUCUUUUGAUGUUGCUGAGAGAGUUGCUCAGUACUUUUUGAAAGAGAAGGUUGUAGGCUUCGAUAUCGAGUGGAAACCUUAUGGAAAUCCGCAUGCGAUCAAACAAAACGCCUCAUUGAUCCAGCUUGCAUGCGAGGAUAGGAUCGCGCUAUUUCAUAUUUCGCUGUUUUCUGGGUACAAGGUCGAACAGCUCAUGCCACCUAGUCUGAAAGCCGUCUUGGAGUCACCAGAUGUCAUCAAAGUAGGGGUGGCUAUCAAGGGUGACUUCAAACGUGUCGAAAAGUACCUUGGAGUUCGGCCUCAGGGUGUCUUUGAGCUAAGUCGCUUACACAACCUCGUUGAAUGGUAUAAGGUCGAUCCUAGCAAAGUCUCAAAUAGAUUGGUCAGUCUUGCUACCCAAGUGCUUCAACACCUGCAGUUGCCCUUGUACAAAGGCGAGCAACUAGAAGACGACGAAGACACUACGUCCAGUGUCCGAGAAAGUGACUGGAGCCUCCCGCUAAAUCUGCAACAAAUACAUUACGCAGCUGCGGACGCGUAUGCCGGAUUCAGGCUUUACCACAUAUUGGAGCGGAAACGGGCUCGGUUGACACCAACACCACCGCCGGUAAUGCUUUGCGACUACGACAACAAGCCUGCCCCCCGUGUCAAAAAGCCACGUAAGAAAGCUGGAGCAACCGUCAAGGUCGAAGAAGCUACUGACAGCGACUCGAACCUAUCAAUCGAUCCUGUGGAAGAGGAACAAGAUAGUGAUGAAAACACCCAAGGCUAUGAAACGGCGCCAGAAGAACUCAUGGAUAGCCAUGAACUCGAAGAUCCUACACAUACAACAACUCCAACUACUUCUUCCUCGUCCAGGCGUGUAGGACGGGUCGAUAUCUCGUCAUUGAAAGGAGCUGAUGUGGGAUAUCCGGUAUUACCACAACUAUCUCAGGAGGACACUGAAGCGUCUCAGCAUAGCGAAGUUUCAGCUGACACGGAUGAUGAAUAUGCGGAUGCAGAACUCGAAGAAGCGCUUGGCCACAUGACGCUUGAUGAUGCUGGCAAUUUGAGAGAGGACGAGGAGGUUGUCACUCCUGAGCAGACUGGCUCAUCAUAUGGCUUGGCGACUGCGUGGGCGCAGAAUUUUGCCCAAUCUACUAUUCCGCUGCCCGGAUCGCCCGCUCCCCCUCGUAUUCACGCAAUAGUUUCCCACCUCCGUGCCUACCAUCUAUGGCAUCACCAGAAAAUGUCAGUGGAUGAGAUUGCGCCAUUGGUGCGGAACCCACCACUCUCACACAGCACCGUCAGCAACUACAUCCUGCAGGCAAUAACACUGGAGAAACUUGAAUACGAACAGGAUCUGCUUAAGAAAUUGAUACUGGAGAUGCCUUCAGGUAUGAGGAAAGGACGGUGGAAGGGGUUGGCGGAGAAAGUCGGGGCGUUGGGUUAG